AUGUUGCGAUUACUUCUUCUACUGUUCUCUAUGUUCCCCUUAUUAACAUCUAUGAGAAGCCAAUCCUAUGCAGUUCGAGGUCGUCUCAUAUGUGGACCAUCACCAUCAACGAAUGUACGUGUCAAGCUGUGGGAAGCUGAUAGAGGUGACGACCCAGAUGAUCUACUGGAUACGACUCACACUGAUUCAAAUGGAGAAUUCGUUUUGUCUGGUUUCACAUCUGAGUUAACGACAAUCGAUCCUCAAAUCCGAAUCUAUCACAAUUGCAAUGAUGAAAACAAGUUCGGAAAAAGACGAGUGAAGUUCUUGUUGCCCAAGUCGUACAUCAGUGAUGGCCGUACUCCAAAGAAGGAAUACGAUUUGGGCAUCAUCAAUCUGGAAACAUCAUAUCCGUUGGAAGAUCGAGACAUCAUGAAUUAA